AUGGCUUUCAAAUCCUGCAAGUCUGUAUCACCCACGUUUCAUUUCAUAUAUGACACUCUCAUACAUCACAGAAUCAAUCAUAAUACACCCACCAUUGUUCGUUUUUUCGAAACCCAAUCAAUAGCAAACAACUCAAAUUUCACCGAGAACCAAGCUCUCACCAUCUCUUACCUCACAAAGUCAUGUGGGUUGUCUUUUAAAUCUGCUCUCUCAGCUUCUAUGAAGCUCAACAUUGAGAGCACAGAGAAAUCGAACUCGGUUCUUGAGCUCCUAAGGUCUCAUGGAUUCACUAAAAAUCACAUUUCAUUCCUAAUUUCUAAACGCCCACAAUUAAUUUUGGCUCAUCCGGAGAAUGUGAGGCCCAAAUUUGAGUAUAUUGAAUCUCAGGGUUAUGUCGGACCUGACUUGCCUAAGAUUAUAUGUUCAUGUAACAGCGUUGAGAAAGUUAUGGUGCCAAACAUCAACACCUUGCGGGCUCAUGGUGUGCCUAAAUCCCAUAUUGAAAAAUUGAUCAUGAGGCAGCCCAGAGCACUAAUAUUGAGUGUUGAUGUGUUUAAAGAGGUUACUAAUGCAGUUAAGGAAAUGGGUUUUGAUCCCAAAAGUCAAUCAUUCUUAUGGGCUAUCCUUCCAAUUUCGAGGAACACCAAACGCGAUUGGGAAUCAAAAAGAGAGCUUAAAUGA